GGCUUGAUUUGCCACCAAAAUGUCCUAGUGCCAGUCCUCGAUCAAGUUCCUUGUUCCACAAUAAAUUUGGUUUUGGUAAUAUAUGAAAUCGGUGGCUCAUAAGUCGGUCAUUCUUUCACACGCCUUGUGCUGCAAGGAAGCUUCUUUCAUUUCUUCCUGCAACGUCUUCCACCUCUAUAUUUAAAUCUCCUCCUCUCUAUUUCCGUGUGUUUGUUAAUUUUUCUUUUAUUGAUUAGUUAACUACAGUAUUCAAUUCCAGGUCACUUUUGAAUCCCAAUUGAAAAUGAAGCACUUUUGCUUUUGGAAAUUAGAGAUGCUGUCGAUUGUAUAUUCAUGCCUUCGUUUUUCCGAGAAGUUUCUACUUUUGAAGAAAGUAGUUCUGAAAUUGGACCUACACGAUGACAAGGACAAGAAAAAGGCCCUGAAAGCAGUUUCCAGCCUUCAAGGGAUUGACUCCAUUGCCAUGGACAUGAAGGACAGGAAACUAACAGUUGUUGGAGAUGUUGAUCCUGUAACUAUUGUAAGCAAGUUAAGGAAAGGUUGGCACACAGAGAUUCUGUCUGUCGGACCGGCGAAAGAGGAAAAGAAAGAUGACGCCAAGAAAGGUGAUGCCAAGAAAGAGGAUGAGAAAAAGAAUCCAAAUGAUCAAAUUGCUGAGCUUGUUAAAGCUUACAAGGCCUACAAUCCUCACAUGACUCAGUAUUACCGUGUGGUGAGCGUUGAAGAGAACCCAAAUGCUUGUGUUAUAUUUUGAACCCUUGUACAUGAAUUGGUGAAUAGUUGAAGCCAAUUUGGAGAGAACCCAUAAAGGAGGCUGCUUGUUUUGUAUUGUUGAUGAUAUAGUUGAUUACAAAAAGCCUACUUGAGCA